AUGGUAGAGAACGAACCAUCCCCGUAUACUCAGGAUGACCCCCACGAAGAACAGCCAUUGCUGCGAUCGGACCCUCCGACUUGGACCCCGCCACCAGGAUUUUUGUUGAUUCAAGUCGCCAUUAUGGCCAAUGUCUUUCUCGGGGGCUUUGACGGCACCAUUACUGCCUCGACCUAUGCUGUGAUCAGCUCCGAAUUCAACGCUGCAAACACUGCCUCGUGGCUAACCACCUCUUACCUGAUCACAAGCACUGCAUUCCAGCCGUUAUAUGGUCGCUUUUCCGAUUUGCUGGGUCGCCGAUCGUGCUUUUUCACGGCGACAAUUACCUUCAUGGCCGGAUGUCUCGGGUGUGCUAUAGCUCAGGAUGUGAUUUUUCUAAACAUGAUGCGUGCCUUGACCGGCAUUGGAGGCGGAGGAUUGAUGACUAUGGCAACCAUCAUCAAUUCCGAUCUCAUUCCCUUCCGCCAACGCGGCAUGUACCAAGCAAUCCAGAACGUUUCUUACGGUUUUGGAGCCAUCUGUGGAGCUUCUUUCGGUGGUUCUAUUGUGGACUCAAUUGGAUGGCGCUGGUGUUUCCUCUUGCAGGUGCCUGUCUCUUUGUUCGCUUUGAUCAUGGGCUAUAUAGUCCUGAAGUUUCCAACCCGUCCCAUUGAUACUUCCCCGGAUCGACAGAAACAAGGUAUCUGGCAUCAAAUUGACUUUCUGGGAGCCUGUCUGCUUAUCCUGGCUCUCUCGGCCCAACUUGUUGGACUAAGUCUCGGUGGAAACAUUCUACCCUGGAGCGAUGUCUGGGUUAUUCUCCCGUUGGUCGCUAGUGUGAUAUUGCUGGUCGGAUUCAUUAUUGUCGAAGCCACCACCUCAGCUGUGCCUUUGAUUCCCUUGAAGAUGCUCCAAGGAACCCUUCCCAUUUCUACCCAGAUUGCGAAUGUCUGUGUGGGAAUGGCGGCAUAUGCUUACCUCUUCACGCUCCCACUUAUGUUCCAAGUGAUUCUCCUGGACUCGCCCAGUAAAGCUGGUGCCCGACUUGUGAUUCCAUGCCUCGCUACCCCAUUGGGUGGUCUCAUUUCAGGGAUUGUUAUGUCUCGCUGGGGCAAGCUCGCAUACCUCGUACGCGCUGGUGCAACCUUGAUGUUUAUCGGUAACUUUUUGGUCAUGCUCCUACGAUUCAACGAUGCAAGUUGGAAGUACUUUGCAUAUGUUAUUCCUGCCAAUUUGGGGCAGGGUAUUGUAUACCCGGGAAUCUUGUUCACAUUCCUGGCAGCUUUCGAUCACUCCGAUCAUGCCGUGUCGGCAUCAACCGUCUACCUCAUUCGCUCUCUCGGCACCGUUUGGGGCGUCGCAGCGACCUCCACAAUUAUGCAGAAUACAUUGAACUCAGGCCUCGGGGAGGCCUUGAGUGGAAUACCAGACAAAUGGAAAGUGAUUGAUGAGAUUCGCCACUCCAUAUCGGCCAUCUAUGACCUUCCCCCAGAUGUGCAAAUGGCCGCUCGACUGGUUUAUUACCGCGGUAUCCGAUUGUCAUUCGCAGCGUCGGCAGCAUUUGCCCUUGUAGCGACCAUCGCAGCGCUGUUUACUCGAGGAAAGGGACUCGAACGCGCGGGUUCAAAGUAA